AUGCUUUCUAUUUUAUCUGUAGAUUUGGAGUGGAAGAUAAUUUAUGUAGGAGCCGCGGAGUCGGAGGAGCAUGACCAGACCCUGGAUUCCGUGUUAGUCGGCCCCGUACCGGCAGGGAAACACAUGUUUGUAUUUCAGGCUGGUCCCCCAGACACAGUGAAGAUACCAGUACAGGAUGCUGUGGGUGUGACCGUCGUCCUCCUAACCUGUUCUUAUCGCAGUAGAGAGUUCAUCCGAGUGGGAUACUAUGUCAACAACGAAUAUUCCGACCCUGAACUUAAAGAAAACCCACCAAGUUCACCUCAGUACGAUAAGGUGGAGAGAAAUAUCCUAGCUACCAAUCCUCGAGUGACAAGAUUUAAAAUAGACUGGGAUGACACACCUGCGACAGAUUCAGAAAAUGUACCACCCACCAAUAGCACGGAAUCCGAGUCCAAUCAAAUGAAAGACGUCUCAUUAUCAAGUAGCGGUAAACCACUGGCCGCCACAUUUAGUACAGAAAGUAACAGCAAUAUGGAGGUCAACUGACAUUGCUCAAAGGGUCAUAGGUCAUCUCUACGGCAGCACUCACUCCACAGAUUCCAUCACUGUAACACUUACCUCAGCUAUUUAUUAAUUCAGGAUAAACUGAGUUAAUUAUUUGAAACUUUGUAUUAUUUUUCUUUGUUUAAGAAAAGCAAAUUUAGAUGGUGUCCGUACUAAGAGUUCUGUUGGGUUGAAUUGAGAUAAAAAGUAGAAGAAUAGAAAAAAGAAAAAUCAAGUAUAAAAUUUAUAGUUAAAAAAUGUGUACUGUCAAAAAUUCAAUUUUGUAGAAAGACUCUUGGGAUUACAUGAAAAUUUUAACUUGAUAA